AUAUGCGAAAUUCUUAUCCCUUGUGAAAUUUACGUAACGAUUAUCCUGUAUUUUGAUUAUUACCGUGAUAAAUGUAAAAGGAGGAUAUAUCGUUGUCCAUAACGAUUUGUAAAUUGUCUUUUCACGUAACGAGUAAUUUUCUGAACAACACCGCCGCAAUUCCGCCAUCUUUCGGAGCUUCGUCAUUGGCUGCCGCUUCAUGGCUCUAACCUAACCUAACAGAACCAAUGAGGCAUUCUUGAAGAAGCGUCUGUACGCCCGGAAGCAAGCUUAGAGUUUUUAUUAUUUCAUUGCAAACAUAUACAUGGAUUAUCUUUUCUGCGUGCUUAGUGUGUUAAGAAAAAUAAACAAUUGUUGGAUUAAUAUUUUAUGAGUAUCUAAAGACAAAUUUUAUAUAUUUUUACAUCGAUUCGAUCAUCGGUUAUCUAAAGUUAUUUAUAAGUAUUUAUAUAUAAAUAUAAAUGCAAUGAGUCGAGACGACGACAGAAGUGAUUCGGAAGAUGAACGCGAAAGAUCCAGAAGUCCUUCGCAGGACUCUCGUCGUUCUGCUAGUAUUGAAAAUGCAGUUAGAAGUAGAUCAAAUUCUCACAGUCCAAAUUCUUCACCGGCAAGAUCUAAACCGUCAUCACCAGCACAAGUGGGAUCACCCGCAUCAUCUACAUCAGCACGUUCCAAUGCAAGUUCUAGAAAAUCUUAUUCGAGAUCACGUUCGCGUUCGCGUUCGCGUUCACCUUCUAGAAGUAGAUCUCCCUCUCCGGCAUCUACAAAGGAACAUGGAAGAUUAUCUAGAUCCAGUUCUAAAUCUGGCUGUAGACGAAGUACUUCCAGAUCUCGUUCAAAGUCUCAUUCGGAAGAACCUGUGGACAAUGAUACAAGAAAAGCAACUCCGUCUCCUAGCCCAAUGCGUUCUGCAAAAUCCUCAUCGAGAUCAACAAGUCCAUCCAAAACUAAAGAAAGUUCUGUAUCGAGGAAUAAUUCAAGAUGCAGAUCUAAUUCACGUUCGAGAUCAAGGUCAAGGUCUAAUUCACCAAAACCAAGUAAAACUGUUUCUCCAAGGAAUUCCCGAUCUUAUUCAAGAUCUCCAUCGCCCCGAGUAGCAGCUUCUAGAUCACGGUCUCGUUCUGGAUCAAGAAGAUCGCGUUCCCGUUCACAUUCCGGGUCACCAAAAAUACCAUCAAAAUCUCGUUCUCGGUCGCAUUCUAAUUCAGCAGAACCUCCUACAAGAUCGAAAUCACGGUCUCUUUCUCGAAGUCCUAAGCAUACAUCAAGAUCGAGAUCAAAGUCUCAUUCGCCAUUAGGUUCGAAGAAAGGUUCUCGGUCGCCUAAAUUAUCACCCGAACAUUCUCCUUCGGAUGUUAGAAAAUCACGUUCUAAAUCGAAAUCUCCUUCUGUGGAAAGUUCGAAGAAAGGUUCUCCUUCGUCGAGAAAAAGCUCACGUUCGAGAUCACCGUCGCAUUCGGCCGAUGAAAAAGCUAAAUCGAAAUCAAGAUCUAGAUCCAGAUCUGGUUCUGGAUCAAGGAAACAAUCUUCCGUAGCAUCACGUAAAGGAGGAUCAUUAUCGAGAUCUCCGAGUCCAGAGCAAAAGGCAUUGUCAAGGUCAAAAUCUAGAUCAAGAUCAAAAUCAGGAUCUAGAAAAGCAUCACGAUCGAGGUCUGGAUCAAGACAAGCAUCUAGAUCUCGAUCAAAAUCAGGAUCGAGGAAAGGAUCUCGAUCUAGAUCAAGGUCAGGUUCAGGAUCGAGGAAAGCAUCUCGAUCGAGAUCGAGGUCAGGAUCAAGGAAGAUAUCCCGAUCGAGAUCGAAGUCAGGAUCAAGGAAAGGUUCCCGAUCGAGAUCGAGAUCUGGAUCAAGGAAAAUAUCACGAUCGAGAUCUAGAUCAAGGUCUGGUUCAAGAAAAUCCGUUUCGAGAUCUAAAUCAAGAUCUAGGUCAAAAUCCAGAUCAUUGUCAGGAUCAAGAAAGGGUUCUCCAUCUCGUGCAGUUUCGAGAAAAAGUUCACACUCUAGAUCUAGAUCAGGUUCCAGAUCUAGUAAAUCAAAAUCUCGUUCGCGAUCUGGUUCGAAGGUUUCAAGAUCAAGAUCACAAUCUGGAUCAAGAAAGUCUGGUUCACGUUCACGAUCAAGAUCAGGCUCUGGAUCAAGAUCACCAUCUAGAUCUCGUUCAAGAUCACAUUCAGGUUCACGAUCGAAAUCAAGAUCGAGAUCCCGUUCGCGGUCUGGUUCCGUUGCAAAAUCUGCGGGUAGAUCCCGCUCAAGAUCUGGGACAAGAUCGAGAUCGCGAUCGGCUUCAAAAUCUGGGAGAUCAAGAAGCCCGAGCAGAGAGUCAGAAAGUGGAGUAAAAAAGCGAAAAAGAAUACUCUCCGAUUCGGAGGAUGAGAAUGAUGCUGCUAAAAGUUCUAAAAAAGCGGCACGUGAAUUAUCCGAUAGCGAAGAUGAAAGAGAUCCCGAUAAAUCACCUAAAAAAAGAAAUGAAGACGAUCUGGAAGAGGGUGAAGAACACGAUGAGAAGAAAGACGAUGACGAGCCGACCAGUAUCGUGCAACAAGAUAAUGAAGAUUCUGACGAUGGAGUUAUUGCAGAGGGAGGAAUGGAUGAUUCAAUGUCUGAUUUUGAUCGUAUGCUGGCACGUAAGAAGGAAGAACAAUCACGUAGACGCAAACGCAAAGAUAUUGACAUAAUUAAUGACAAUGAUGAUAUUAUUGCACAAUUGUUAACCGAUAUGAAGGCUGCUUCUGAGGAAGAUAGAAAGUUAAAUCAAUUAAAUAAGCCAGCUACUAAUAAAAUUGCAAUGUUACCAAAAGUAUUAUCACAAUUAAAAAAACAUGAUUUACAAUUGGCAUUUUUAGAACAUAAUGUAUUAGCAGUUUUAACCGAUUGGCUAGCUCCAAUGCCAGAUCGAUCUUUACCAUCUUUAAGAAUAAGAGACAGUCUUUUAAAGCUUUUAUGGGAGUUUCCAAGAAUUGACCAAGCAUCUUUAAAACAAUCGGGCAUUGGUAAAGCUGUAAUGUAUUUAUAUAAACAUCCAAAAGAAACAAAGGAAAAUAAAGAACGUGCUGGAAAAUUAAUUAACGAAUGGGCCAGACCAAUAUUUAAUUUGUCUGCUGAUUUUAAAGCUUUGACGAAGGAAGAAAGAUUACAGCGUGAUAUAGAACAAACACCACAAAAAAGACGAAAAACUGAAGAGGACGGAUCUUCUCAAAAAUCUCAGGAUAUUAACAAAGCCUUAAAAGGAGAUGCCAAACCUUUGAGACCUGGAGAUCCAGGAUGGGUUGCCAGAGCACGAGUUCCUAGACCAUCUAACAAAGAUUAUGUCGUACGUCCAGAUUGGAAAUCUGACGUAGACAUAAGUAGAAGCACUAAGAAACAAAUGAAUCGAUUUGAAAGGCAUAUGAAGAAUUAUAUGGAUAACAAAAAAAUGAAAUCUGCGAGAAGAGCAGUUGAUAUAUCCAUAGAAGGACGUAAAAUGUCUUUAUAAUAAUGUAUAUCUUAGGAAAAUGAUAAAAAAAAUUUUGCAACAUCGAAAAUAUAUAUUACAUCAUG